CUUUUGGACUGCAAACCUGGCAACACGCUUUACGACAGUUCACUGCGAUUUCCGGUAUAAACACAUGGAACGUCACAUCGUAGAAAACAUGAGAGGUCAGAAGUUAAGGUCCUAGUCUUCAGCGGAGACGGAACAGAAUACAGAGACAUGACCGGUUCCAUGGUGGCGGUGGGACUGGCUCUGGCAGCAGCCGGAUUUGCAGGUCGCUAUGCUUUGCAGGCCAUGAAGCAGAUGGAGCCUCAGGUGAAACAGGCCAUUCAGAGCUUCCCCAAAACGGCAUUUGGAGGAGGCUACUACCGAGGUGGAUUUGAACCAAAGAUGACCAAGAGAGAAGCUGCCCUUGUUUUAGGUGUCAGCCCCACAGCUAACAGGAAUAAAAUCAGAGAAGCCCACAGAAAACUGAUGAUCCUGAACCAUCCAGAUAGAGGUGGAUCUCCAUACAUAGCGGCUAAGAUAAAUGAAGCAAAGGACCUGAUGGACAGCCAGGUCAAGAAAUAGAGCUGGACAUUCUAAUAAAAGCACUGCUGUAUUGACCUGGGUAAUUAACAGGUUUUUCUUACUGUUCUCAAAAAUAAACAAUUGUACGAACUAUCAA